UAUUGUUCGAACAGCUGAUUGCAGUUGGCACGUUGCUCGAAAAUUUUGUUUUUAUCAGGAAAACUCGCCUGAUUAUUUUUAGCUCUACCGAAAGCGCCUGAAAUAUUUUCGUCUUUAUAAUUGCGACGCAGUGAUGAAUUUUUUUGAGAUUUUGGGAGAGCUUUUUAACGGUCCUUUCGUGACGUUACGUUGGCGCGGUUUAGUGAUUGAAAACUCCAAAUCAUCUUUUCAAAAAUUCACCAUAACAUAUUCCGCGUGACCUUGACCUACUUAGAACUGAGCGGAUUUGAUGUUCCGGACCGGCACUUAUCGUCAGUAUGUGUGAUUGUUUACUGUGUAGCUAAACAUCAAUAUUGCAGUUGUGUACAGAUCUUAUUUGUUUGUGAACCGUCGUUAUCGCCGAAGAUAAAGACGAGUAGAUUUUACUUGAGUGUUGUCGUGUUUUUUCUAAAUAAUAGUAAAUCAUCAAUAUGAGUGAAAACAAGAAAAGAAAAGGUAAUUUUUACAAUAAAGGAGGUCCCAUGAAAAAAUGGAAAAGUCCCACAUUAGAAAUUGGGAUGACAGGUUUUCUUUGCACAUGCAACUUUAAAGAGAGAGAAUGUAUUCGUGAUACCUACAGCUUACUUAAUGAGUAUGCAGAUGCUUCUGAUUAUAAAACACAAGAGGCAAAACAUGACAAAGAAAAAGAAAAUACAAAACAAGAUACAGAAACAGUAAUCAAUAAACUUGAGAAAGAUGGAGAGAUAGAAACUAGUCCAAAUGAAAAAGAAGCUGCUGCCGAUGAAUUUGAAAAAGAUAAUGAUGUCAAUACUACUGCUGAAGAACAAAAAGCUAUCACUGAUGGAUCUGAAAAAGAUAGCACAGUGGAAGAAAAAGCAGCCGUCGAUAAAUCUGAAAAAGAAAGCAAAAUAGAAACUAGUCUAGAGAAAAAUGAAACAGUAGCUGAUGAAUCAGAAAAAGUGGUUGAUGAAAAAAAAACUAGUACCAAAGUAGAGAAAAUAGCAAGUGAUGAUUCUAGCGACGAAGAAGAAGAGAAUAAGGAACUAGAUUUUGCAACUCAACUACAAGAUGAAAUUAAAGAAUUGAGAAGUGAGGCAACACAAGAAAAGAGACUUUCUGCUGUAGAUACAGGAGUACCUAAUGUUGUAUUCAUCAAAGCCACAUCACUUCGUGACCCUUUAAAAGUAUCAAUGGCUAUCAUUGAAGAUAUUUAUAAAACUAAACAACAAAAAUCCAGAUAUAUUUUAAGAAUGUUACCUGUACAAAGAGUUUGUAAGGCUUAUUUGGAUGAUUUAAAAAAUAAAGCUGAUUCAUUAUUUGAUCAAUACUUUGUUAAAGAACCAAAAACAUUCUGCAUUGUAUUUAGUCGUCACAGAAAUAAUAAUUUACACAGAGAAGAUGUUAUAGAAGAACUAGCAAAACUUAUAAAUUCAAAGAAUCCUGGAAACAAGGCAAACUUGAAAGAUCCUGAAAUUGCUGUUGUUAUCUCAGUGCUAAAAGGUGUGUGUGCCAUUUCCAUUGCACCAAAAUAUUUCUUUUAUAAAAAGUAUAAUUUAGCAGAGUUGUGCAAUGUUAAAAAAUCUGAAUAA